GAAUAAUAGUUUUAGGAGCGGUUAAACAGACCAACGGAAGUCGCUAAAAGGAAGCUGAUAAUCGUAAAGGAAUUAGGAUUGUUUUGAAUGGACGAAAAAGAUAAGCCCAUGGAUAUAUUUGAGACCACAAAAUGUCUACAUUUCAGAAAAUCCAAAUUCGCCGUAUAAACCGCCAGCUCAACUAGAGGCCUCCGAUGCGAGAUCCCUAUACAAUAGAAAUGGACCGGGACGUCGAGGAAGGCCUCUCCGCCAACCUGACCUUGAACUGCAGCCCAUUCUGUGCCGAAAAGGUCCUCCCCGAGUCCAAUUUAACCCAGGUGUCGUCCGAGGCCCUCCUGAAACCCAACUUCUCCGUGACCGUCGUGUAUUGCGCUCUAUUCGUCGUCGCAGCGGUGGGCAAUUUAACCGUCUUCAUCUCCCUGUUCCGGUCCAGGCAUCGGAAAUCGAGAAUCAGCCUAAUGAUACGACAUCUGGCCAUCGCCGACCUCAUCGUGACAUUCAUCAUGAUCCCCCUCGAG